AUGUACAGAGCAAAGGCAGUUCUGUCUUCGCUUCGCAACGCUUACUCUAAGAUCUCAAAUCCUUCCUAUCUAAGCCGAGUUCAGCUAGGUUUUUCUCCGUCCUUCGAUUCUCCGUGGCAAUUCCGCUCUUUUACUUCAAAACCAGAGUGUAUGCUUCAGUUAGUUCUCGAAAACGAUUGGUCUAAACAAGUAGUGGAAGGAUUGCAAAAACCAGAAACGCCUCUAACCCACGAGACUGCAAUCUACGUUCUAAGGAAACUAGCUAAGCACCCAGAGAAAGCUUAUUCCUUUCUCAACUGGGUCAUCAGAGAAUCAGAUCUUCCUCCAAGCUCCCCACUUUACAGCACGAUGCUAAGGAUGAUACUAGUCCAGCAAAGACCCAUGAAACGGUUUUGGAUGACUCUUACCAAUAUGAAACGAGGAGAGUUUUGUCUUGAUGAGGAAACUUACAAGACUAUCUACACUUUGCUUAACAGAGAGAGCUACAAAGACGCUACGGCUUUAGAUCGUUUCUAUAAGGAUAACGCAAUGUUUGUUGUUGCAGACAAGGUUUCCGCUUCUGUUUCGGAAAAGGAUUGGAGUUGUGAGGUUGAGAGGGAGCUUGAGCGUAUGAAACUCCCUUUGUCUGAUGAUUUCGUUAUCAGAGUGUUGAAAGGACUGAAGGAAGAUCCGUUGAAAGCUUUGUCGUUUUUACGUUGGGUCGGUGAUAAAAACAGUACCGUUACUUAUAACGCAGCGUUGAGGGUUUUGGCAAGUCCUUGUUCGGUCGCGCAGUUUUGGAGUGUUGUUGAUGAGAUGAAACGUGCAGGGCACGAGGUUGAUUUUGAUACUUAUGUAAAAGUGUCAAGACAGUUUCAGAUGUCUAGAAUGAUGGUUGAGGCGGUGAAGCUUUACGAGUUUAUGAUGGAUGGUCAAUUUAAGCCAUCUCUUGAAGAUUGUACUCUUUUGUUGAAAUUUGGAUUUGGUUUAUCGGUUUCGAGGAAAUAUGAAUCAACUGGGAAGAAGCCUCUAUCGAAGGCUGUUUAUGAUGGAAUGCAUAGGUUCUUAACCAGUGUAGCUAGGUUUGACGAAGCUGAAGAAGUCAUGAAGGCUAUGAGAAGUGAUGGUUGUGAGGUUGAUAACAUCACCUACAGCCAACUCGUGUUUGGUCUUUGUAAAGCUAAGAGAUUAGAGGAAGCGUGUGGUGUCGUCCUGGAUCAGAUGGAAGCAGAUGGGUGUCUCCCCGAUGUAAAAACUUGGACUGUUCUGAAUUUCUGA